UUGGUAAGCUGAUGGUUUCCUUGUCGUCAAUGAUGAGGACGUAUAGCACGUACAUACUUUGAACUCUUUUAUAUUAAACAAUGGAUUCCAUUUGUCCUUUUCUAUCGUAUGAUGGACGACCCCCACCUAAAAAGAACCAACAUGGAACGAACUUGUCGGGAAAUAUGAAAAGGAGGCGAUCGAUUUUGCUCGCGUCAAUUGCGCGGUCUAUGCCAAAUACUGUAAAGAAAAUGGGUUCAUGCGCUUGCCGACGGUGCAAGCGACUGAGGAUGGCACGAAAUGGAAAGAGUAUGAUGGCGACUAUUCUCUCCCUACGAUGGAGCGGUUUAUUGCUCCAGAUAGGUUUUCGAGAAGAAAUGUGGACGGAAAAAGCAUCGAGAUAUCGACAUCGAAAAAGAUGAAGGAGAUCAUUGAGAGUAAAGAGCCCUGGUUUGUAAAGUUUUACGCGCCUUGGUGUGGACAUUGUAAGAAUUUGGCCCCUGUUUGGGAGACGAUGGCUGAAAUGUUGAAGGAUAAAGUGAAUGUCGCUGAAGUGAAUUGUGAGGACAAGAAAGCAUUAUGCUCAGAAUAUAAAGUGACAGGAUUACCUACGUUAGCCUACUUCGUUCACGGUGCAUCCAAUUUAAAGUACAAUGGCCCCCGAAAGUUGAAAGAAUUGAUGGAUUAUGCGGUUCACAUGUCGGGUUCGCCAGUGCAUCCAAUCGAUUCUGAUGAGAAGCUUACAGAUGUUUUGAAAGAAAACGAUGUCAGUCUCGUCUAUGUCCGUGAUACGGAUGAUCAUAAGAUAGACAGCUAUUUCGAAGAAACGGUUGCCCCUCAAUUUAUGGAGACAGUGCCUUUCUAUACCACGAAUAACAAAGAAACGAUUGAACGUUUUGGAUUGUCGGCCUCUUCGCUUCCAGCAGCUGUCUUGGUGAAAGAUGGUACCUAUGUUGUGUACAGCGGCAAAGACAAGCAGAGGGAUUGGCAGCAUAUGGUACAGUGGCUCGAGCAAGAGCAGCACCCCCUUAUCACUCGCGUAUUAGGGCACAAUUCGAAUCAAAUUUUGAGAUGGACGGAUGCUCUUGUUGUCUUGGGUAUGGUUGGGGCGGACGGUCGUGAUGCAGAAGCAGAAAGUAAGCUGCGUCAAAUGGCACAACUCUACAAAGAAGAAUACAGCAGCCUUGACAAGAGCACGAGCAAGCGACCUGUCCUUUUUGCUCAGAUGGACGGAAAAUUGUGGGAACACUAUAUUUCCCGUGUCUACGGUCUUCACAGCUAUCAAUUGCCUGCUCUGAUCAUUUUGGAUCCAAAGCACCAGGUGUAUUAUGAUCGACAUGCCAAUGAUGAGCCUUUUAGCUUUGUCAAAGACAGACCCGAAUCCUUACUCAAGUCGCUUCAAGCGUUGGACAGCUUGAAAGGAACGUCCAUGGCUCCCUCGAAAGUAAUGAUGAAGGUCGACAGAGUGUUGACCUAUUUCGGUGACCAUUGGAUCCUUAUGACAACUGUCUUGGUAGGUUUUUUGGGUGUUUUCUUUUACCUCAUCACCCGGGACACGGGUCAUGAAACAGAAACAGCCAAGGUAAAGAAAGUGCUAAGAGACGCCUCCGAAAGGACGGCUGCUGCUGCUGCUGCUACUGCUGCUGCUGCUGGUUCUGCUGGUUCUGCUGGUCCUGCUUCUCGUACAAUUACAACCGAUGAGCAUAAAAACAAAAAGAAUUAAAGAUAGAAAGUUGUUACUCUACCUAACAAAAAGAGUUUUGCUUCUUACUGUAUAUAAAGUCAUCAUCAUCGGUGAACCACUUUAAUAAAAAUUACAACACAUGAAUAACAAUAUCUACAAA